AUGUUCAACCAUUUCAAAUGCUCGUUUCAAGUUUAUAUAUAUGAUCAAGAAUCGAAUCGCGAUCUAAAGGUUCUAUCUACCCCUGAAAGCAUGUCUCUGUAUCAUGGUUUGGUGUACGCCAUUCUCGUUGUUGAGCUCAUUACCUUAACGCUAUUGGGUCUGCCACUCCCUUUGGUGCUGAAGAAGCCCGUGAUCAAGGCUCUAUCAAAACCGCUCCUGUCGUCAACGGUUCAAAUUACCAUCAAAUGUGUACUAGGUUUUAUCCUACUACUAUUUGUUGACUCUAUGAACAGAGUAUAUGGUAUUGAAAGUGAAUUGGACAGAAUGAAGGAAUCGGGCGUUGGGACUUAUCCGCAUGGCAAGACGGAAAUCUUGUCAAGGAAGUUCUUUUGGCAGAGAAAUAUGUAUUUAACUGGCAUCACAUUGUUUCUCACGUUUUUGUUGACUCGUGUGGCUACGCUUGUAUGGGAACUUUUCGACAUGAAGGAUGCGUACGAGACUACAUUGAAGACCAAACAAGACGAGUUGCCUCCAAAGCAAAAAUCUUUAGCCAAGGAGAUCGCCGAUAUCGAUGAGGAGAUAGCACGUUUGAAAGAACAGUCUACUGCUCUGCAGGAACAAAUGAAAUGA